UUUUAGGUUUCUCCAAAAGAUUACCACCGACAAAGCAUUUGUAGUCAUAUGUACAAAUAUGACGUAUUUUAUUGCUUUCCGAUGCAAUUUCCAUCCUUCUCACUACAUUUUCAUGCAAUUCAAUUAACCCGUACCACACAGCUAACCUGGAUUUAACCUUGUAAAACAAACUCAAGACUCUCCCAAUACAGUUAACAACAGGCAAUAAAUUAAUGUGUCUCACCUGAUUAUUUCUUGCACUACAUCUCUGAUUCUGUACAUAAAAAGACACGAAGAGAUGAAAUGACUGUAAUGGAAUCAGAUUAGCACAAACACCCCCACCUGUACAUACAGCACCAUGUUUGUAAAUCUGUUGCAUUACUUCCUCUUUGUUGCUGUGCAGGAGUCGGUCAGGGCUAUUCAGUCAGACCUCCGUCGCUAACCCGACAUCAUGGAUAAGGCUCAGAGCUGCUUCCUUUUGCUGGAGCUUUUUCUGGCGUUUUCACCAGGAGGUGCUUUCUAUUUUUAUGUUCUGGACCGUUGCCAGUUCAGUUCAGACGACGGCCAUGAUGUCGUGUUUUUGGAGCAGGUUUACUUCAACAAAAUUUUGGAGGGACAAUACAACAGCACGGUGGGAAAGGUGAUUGGGUACACGGAGGCAACACAGGCAUACGCCAAUAUGCUCAACAACAAUUUAGAGUUUAUUAAACACGAGGUAUGGAAAACAAAGCUCUGCAAAAAAAAUAUACCGCUGGGAUACAAAGGACUACUAACACCAGUUGAGCCCUAUGUUUGGCUGAGGUCAGUUGAGGCAGAGUACAACACGCAUCCGCACAUGCUCAUCUGCAGCGCGUACGACUUCUACCCAAAGCAAAUCAGGGUGACGUGGCUGAGAGACGGAGAGGAGGUCACAUCUGACGUGACGUCCACCGACGAGCUGCCCAACGGGAACUGGCUCUACCAGCUGCACACCUACCUGGAGCUCACGCCCAAACCUGGAGAGAGGAUCACCUGCAUGGUGGAGCACGCCAGCCUCAGGGAGCCCAAGCUUUAUCACUGGGAGCCGGAGCCUGAUCCAAGGUGGAGCAAGAUUGUUGUCGGCUCAGUGGGGCUGCUGCUGGGCUUUUUGUUUUCAAUCGCCGGCUUCAUCUACUACAAGAAGAAAUCAGUUGAGCUGGUGUUGGUGGCUACAACAGAGGAGGUACGUCCUGAAGAAACCCUUUACAGACUGUAAAAAUGCUGGCAAGACAACAAUUCUGGUUGCUUCCCGGCAUGUUUGGAAAGCUGAAUUAAGAAAUUGCACCAGUUUACAAAGCAACCAUGCAAAUAAAUUUAAUACAGAAAAUCUAUUUGCAUC